UGGUGAUGGUCGGUUCACUUGAGGAAGAGAAGCGGUCGAGAGAAUAUCAUUUUACUCCGUCGUCGUCGUCGUCCUCCUCCUCCUCGUAGCUACGAUUUUUCAAAAUUUCAGCAGAUUAGAUCAAACAUCGUUGAUUAAAUCAGAGAUGGCAGCUUCUUUAUCGAGCAGACUUAUGAAAGGAAUCGCUAGCCUCCAGGCUGUUCGUUCUAGCAGAUUGACAUCUGCAUCAGCCUACCAAAAUGGGAUGAUGAGAUACUCAUCUACAGUGCCAAGUGAUUCAGACACACAUGAUGAUUUCAAGCCUACACAAAAAGUCCCUGCGGAUUCUACGGACUCACUCAAAGAUAUCGUUGAGAAUGAUGUGAAGGAUAACGCUGUGAUGAUUUACAUGAAAGGUGUCCCUGAAGCUCCUCAGUGUGGGUUUAGCUCACUAGCCGUCAGAGUUUUGCAACAAUACAAUGUUCCUAUCAGUUCUAGAAACAUUCUAGAAGACCCAGAGUUGAAAAACGCUGUGAAAUCCUUCAGCCACUGGCCGACGUUUCCACAGAUCUUCAUUAAGGGAGAGUUCAUUGGUGGCUCAGACAUCAUUCUUAACAUGCACAAGGAAGGUGAAUUGGAGCAGAAGCUUAAAGACGUGUCCGGAAACCAAGAGUGAUCCAAGGCUGAAGUUAUGCUGACUGUUGAGUGAAGUUAUUAUUGUGUUUUUGUUCCUUCUUUCUAUAAGAAAUAUCUUUUGAUAUACGGCAAUAAUGUCCUCAGAAACUCGAGAUCUUUGGAUUUGGUAUGAACAAAACUUGGUAAAUUUAGAGAAAACCAAAUAAAGAAGCACAAGGAGCCUUUUUAUUUA